AUGAUGAUAUCAACUUUCGCUCAGAUAAGGGCAGCUCCCCUUCGACGGUUGUUAUCUCGGAAACAGGUCUUUCGUCAGAAGAAGAACCGAUCGACCCAUUCGUACAGUACCACUCUGACCUUGGACGAUGCGUUGGUAGAUCAGGAUCCAUAUAGGAGGAUACGCUUCGAGCAUCCUCUAUACAUGUUGGAUCGAUCUCUGGAAUCUGGUAGAUUAGCUGUAGCUAAGUCAUUCUGGAGAGAUGCUCACUCGAUCGAACCAUUCCUAUUGCCAUUUUGGCAAGUGCACUUACUAUGUGAUCAGAAGAGUUCGAUCCAGUGGGAAUCACCUAUUGGGAUAGUAGAAUCAGGCCCGGAUUUUAGAUAUUAUAGUGAUAUUGGGAUGUCUAUCACUGCUGUACCUAAGGAUCAUUGGGCGAGUGGGAUCUACAUACCAUGGAGUAUAAGAUUAAGCACAGAGAAAAUAUCAAUGCUUUACAAACAAUCAGGUGGUUCACUGGAUUUUCUACCUAGCGAAUCACCUUCGAUAUACAGUCAUCCCUUCAGUCAGAUACUCGAUCCAUUCAUGCAUGAAAUAUGGAAUCCACAUACAGCUCCGAAAUUCGCUUAUGGACCUCCCGAUCUGAAAGGGAAAGAAGAGAGGAUAAUCAUGUUACAGGGGAGUGAGGAGACGCAAUUCUACGAGGCGUUUGUUCCUUAUGGUAUUAGAGUAUAUGCUAUCCCUGUAUAUCGUCUCAUGUACAGAGUGGGGCUGUAUAGAGGAUUCGGAGUCAUGGAUGGUCAAAUGCCGAUGAUGAACAAUAACACUUUCCGUCUUGAUUGGAAGCAUGGAGGUUUCCGUACCCUCAUUCCGUACUUGCAUACCAGAAUAGGACACCAUCAUAGAAGAUGGACAGCCCCCGAUGAGAUCUCCGAACCGGAAAUUGUCAAUGCAGCGUUCAACCCGCCAUCGAAGAUCCAAGAACUUAUCAAAGCGUUAUUCGACGGUAUGUGGAACAGAGGUUCGAUCACACCGACAAUGUGGGAGAAUGAGAGGAUAUUACCUGAAUUUGGACCUGCCAGAGAUGGCAAUGCACAGACUUUAGAUGAAUACAACAAAGCUGCCCUGAAGGGCCUAACACUCCCGCUUGAACCGCGAUUCCCAAUCAAACAAACCCAAAGUGCAUCGAAGACCUCACUGUUCAACCCUCGUAAUCCCAGACCUAAAUCCGCCGAAUCGUCUAGUAUCAAUACCAGUGCGAAGGAGGAGAAGGAGAGACUGGCACGGCAGUAUGGUGGAAACAACACUCAGAGACGGAGGACGCUGCAUUAUAGGGAUCAAGCUGAGAUAAGGUUGAAUAACGUCCGAAGAUCAAUGAGAAUGACCCCCGAGGAGGAAUAUAUAUCGAAGAUCCAAACGUUCCUACCGGAUCCUAAAGGGUAUUAUGACGUAUUGGGAAUCCGAGAUCCACCUAAAGAUUUCCUCAAAGCUGAAAAGAGAGAAUAUAUAGAUGCUUUGAUUUCGUCUCAUAGGAAUGAUGAGAGUUUCAAAGCUCACCCUGAUUAUGGUGGUUCGGUGGUCAAGCAGAGAAAUCUAAAUGAGGCAUUUGAGAAUUUGGAAACUUUGGAGAAAAGACGACAAUAUUAUGCGGAUUCGAGGUUAGGAUAUAGGUUCAAUCGUUGA